UACUUGAUUUCCAUUUAAGUUGUUUUGUUUCUUGUGGCUGUCCAUGGGAAAAGGCAGAGACUAAUGUGAACAAUACAGUAAAGCAGAAUAUUUACAUGAUGGAAUAUAGAAGCCCAGGGCUUCAUCUUUAGUUCCUUGCUGAAGCGCACAGCAUAAUGUUACUAUUUGUUUCGAAUUGUCUGAGAUAUAGCCUAUCAUUAUGAGAUAAGGGACUAGGAAAAAAAAGUGUUUUGCUAACUUAACUGAGAUAUGUGCCUUAAGAUUUGGCAAAGCUAGCAAAAAUCUUAUUCGGAAUGAGAUAUGUGCCUGGAACUGGGAGGUCUGCAAUAUUAUUCUUACUGAUAGAGUCUCCAUUUUCAAAGAAAAAUUCUAACAUACAGAUUGAACAACCUGCUAGGGGUAUCCUCAAAUGCUAAUAAAUCCUUAUGCACAAAUCAUGUACCAUGCCAUUUGUAUGCAUGCUUUAGGGGUGGGCAGUAAACCGAUAUCGAACCCAAACUAUCCAUUCAAUGAGGGAAACACGUGAGUUAGAUAGAACUUAGAAGGUUAGUGUUGUGGUGUUGCCUUUGGUGAACUAUCACUUAAGUCACUGGUAAAAGACACCUUUGGACCGUAGGAUUAUAACUAUGGCAGAUCUCAAUCAGUCAAUCUCAGUGAUGCAUCUGUCUAGUGUAAUGGCUUAGUACUCAAUGCCUUCUGCUCUGUCAAUCUUCUCUUCUCUUUAUACAAUAAAAAUAUUAAAUUUGUAUCACUGAGGGUUGAAGACUAUUUAUGUGGUUAGGCAUAUUGAAUUGGCCUUUUUUUUUCCUUCCUGAUAUUUGGAAUUUGCCUUGCAUCUAGUUUAUCUCUUUUCCAUGUCUGAAGUGCUGAGAUAAAUUGAAUCUAGUUUAUCUCUUUUCCAUGUCUGAAGUGCUGCUGGUCUCUAUUCUCUCCUCAUUCUUUCUGCUCUUGGAGAUGUUCUAUAUGCGAGCAGUCAACAAAUAAAAAACCAUGCUUUUCGUAUCAAGGAAUUUGGAUCACAUUAAAGCCAAGGGAGCUUGUUCCAAUCUCGUCCUUUUCAGUAAUUGCCUAUGUUGGCAAGUAUUGAGGCGUUCCAUUAUUGCAUAAAAAUGUGACAAGGAGGACACCAAUCUCUUAAAUGAAUAAGCUUUCCAAAAUAACCUCCAUUGUGGCACCUCCCUUUGCAGAUAACUUCUAACCAAUAUGUCUUUCAUUUUUCUUAGUAUAAAAAAAUGAAAGAAUUAGAUAGUAGAUUUAAAUUACGACCUCCAUAUAGCUCCUCCCUCAAGCAUUUUAGUAUUAAAAUCUGAGUGAAGAACGAAUUAUAUAGCAACUUACGAUUAAAAGUUGAGAGAAGAUUAGUAACUGGCCAAAACCCAUUAGAUAGUAGAUGAUCUUAGCUAGUAAAAAAUUCCAUUGGAUAAAAAACAUAUAAAAGUAGUACACAAUAGCUAGUCAAAACCCACUAAAUAGAAGACAAAUAUAAGAGUAGAUAUUCCCAAGAACUAGUACAAGAUAAAGACAUUUAUAACAGUACAGGGGCUAGGUACUAUUACCUUAAAAUGCUUUCACAUAGUUGUCACGCUUGCUUGUAAUCGCAUGGCAAUGGAAGGUCUGGUUUAUAUUUUCAGUACCUGAUCCUCUCUUCUCUAGCAACACAAUCUGCUGAAGUCACCACUCAAUUGCCAAGGAAGUUAUCUGAAUGUCUAAUUCAACGGAUGAGAUGUUGAUUUUGUUUAAUUCAACGAAGAGAGGAAGGAAGAGUGAAAGUGAAGAUGAAGAGAACAAAGACAGGCUUAAUGACAUACCUGAUUCCAUUCUCCUUCACAUUCUGUCAUUUCUGAAAGCCAAGUACGCAGUUCGAACUUGCAUUUUAUCCACAAGAUGGAAGGAUCUUUGGAAACUCCUUCCAACACUUGUUUUACAUGAACAAGACUUUUCGUCCGAUUUCGUGUAUUGGCUUUUGACUCUUUGCGAUGGCUCAGUCGCGCUGCACGGUCUAGAUGUUAAACAUCUUGGAUUCAUUCAUCAUUACCGCCUUGAAAGAAUUGUAAAGUAUGCUGUUUCGCGCAAUGUCCAGCGAUUAGGAUUGACUGUCACAUGUGACAAUGAACACGUUCUGCAAUGCAUCUUUUCAUGUCAGACUUUGACUUCUCUUAAGCUCACAGUUUACGCUAAAUCAAGCUUUUCUGAGAACACGUUAUUUCCAACAUCUCUUAAUUUGCCAUUAUUAACUAGCUUGCAUCUAGGGCAUUUUUCCUUCAGUGCAAAUGGCAAUGACCGGGCAGAGCCCUUUUCGUCCUUAAAUAGGUUGAAUAGUUUGAUCAUUCAAAAUUGUACCCUGAGUGAUGCACAUAUACUCUACAUAUCAAGUGCAACACUGACCAAUUUGACUGUGCAUAACCAUACUCGGGACUCGUACUCGAUCGAACUAUCUUCUCCAAAUCUGAGUGCCUUUACAUUUAUGGGCGUUCCUUCACAGCAACUCAGUGGGAGCAAUCUUUCUUCCCUUGAACAAGUGAAUAUUGAUGCAGAAAUUCGGACUGUUGAAGACGCAAAUAUUGAUUUAGAAACAAGCUUAAAUUACCCCAUGUGUCCUUUUAUUCUACUGAGCUGGCUGGUAGAGCUUGCCAAUAUAAAAUCAUUGACCAUAUCUGCAAGUACUCUUCAGGUUCUCUUCCUAAUUCCUCAUUUGUUGGAACUUAAACUCAAUUCCUUGAGUAGCUUGAAGUCAUUGAAAGUAAAACAGAUUAUCUGAAGUGCUGAGAUAAAUUGAAUCUAGUUUAUCUUUCUCCAUAUCUGAAGUGCUGGUCUCUAUUCUCUUCUCAUUCUUUCUGCACUUGGAGAUGUUAUAUCCGCUUUAGCAGUCAACAAAAAAAAAAGACCAAGCUUGUGUAUCGAGGAAUUUGGAUCACAGGAAAGCCAGUGAGCUUGGUCCAUUCUCAUCCUUUUCACUAAUUGCAUAUGUAGGCAAGUAUUUGUGGUGUUCUACUACUGCAUAAAAAUGUGACAAGGAGGACACCGAUGACUGUUUGGUGGUCUGAAUUCAGAACCCAACACAUCUUGGCCUAAAAUGAAUAAGCUUCCCCACUGGUCCAGUGAAUUCAGAUUCAAGGGCAUUCACCUUGUACUUGAAGGGAUUUAACUCCUCUAAAGUAAGAUUAUCUUUGGGACAGGGAGGGCUACUGCCCUUCCAAAUUUUUGGUAGCAAGAAUUUGCAUUGCCAGGCAGUGAAAUUGCAAGUACAGACAAUUGGCAGGUACCACAAGAAGCCAUAAAGGUUGUUACAUCAUACGCAACUAAACCAGCACAAUCCAGGGAAACCUCCUCAAUCCAAAUACAGUUGGAAUACUUUUAGGACCUGAUCCUCUCUUCUCUCAUAUAUAGCAACACAAUGGGCUGAAGUCACUGUUCAAUUGCCAGCAACUCAGUGGGAGCAAUCUUUCUUCCCUUGAACAAGUGAAUAUUGAUGCAGAAAUUCGGUCUGUUGAUGAAGCAAAUGUUGAUUUAGAAACAAGCUUAAAUUACCCCACAUGUCCUUUGAUUUUACUGAGCUGGCUGGUAGAGCUUACCAAUAUAAAAUCAUUGACAGUAUCUGCAAGAACUCUUCAGGUUCUCUUCCUAAUUCCUCAUUUAUUGGAACUCAAGCUCACUUCCUUGAGUAGCUUGAAGUCAUUGAAAGUAAAACAGGUACCACUUUCACCAAGCUUUAUCUCAAUACUGAGAACAGCCAAGUUACGGAGAGCAACAACCAAGACACGGAAAGCAAUUGCCAAGUUAAAGAGAGCAAUUAAGGAAGAAAUGUCUACAUCGAUACCUGAUGGAGUAGUGGACUUUUUACUUCAAAACUCGCCGUCCGCUAAGGUUGACAUCAUAGAUUGCACACGUUGAGAGAUUACUAUAUCCUUGGGUGCAGAAACAAAUUGUAUAUCUUAACUAACAUGGUUAUAUCCAAUCUCGGCUAAAGUGGAUACUCUAUAGCAAGGAUGGGGAAAUGCAUGUCGUUUCUUAUAUGAAAUGAAAGAAAGUUAAUUGGUGGUUUGUGGAAAGAUCUUUAUUUUGAGGUAAUUGAAGGUUAGAUGGGAAGAAUGGAAGUUGUAAAGAACUAAUUUAUCGGCACUUAUUUUUGUUAUGAUGUUUGUGAAUUUUGGAUCUCAUUUUCAUAUAUUCGAGUUUGCAUUAGCGUUUGUUUUUCUA